AUGGCAACGGUUUGUUGUGUGAUUAUGCGUAAACAAACGGUGUUAUGAAUGAAAUGCUAGAUUUCAUUCAUCCAAAUUAUUGAAAACACAGUCAAGAUAACGUCGAUCAUUGAAGAAUAUGUUAAAUCAAUGAAAAUUUUCUCAAAGCUAGCAUUCAGUUUGCGCUGUUAGUAAAAAAUGACGCUUUACUUCGAUAGUAAAGUGCAGUUCCUGGAUAGUGAAGCGAUAAGUACCGUUAGUAGCUGGCAUCCGAACGAGUCGAUCUUCGCGGUCGCUUCCUACAGCAAUGAACGAGGUGGUUCCGUGACCAUAUUCGACGAUACGGGUGUCCCGCUGCGGAACGUGACCUACCCGGUGCACUUGACGUCGCAAGCUACGGUGCUCACGUGGCAUCCGGAGAAGAAGAUUCUGCUCAGCGGUUGGGAGAAUGGGGAAAUCCACGCCUGGUUUGAGGGAAAACGUGACUUCACCACGAUCAAUGGACCGCACAAGUCGCCGAUCGUGCUGUUGGAGUUCAGCGAGAAGGGAGGCCGGAUCAUAACGGCGGAUGCCAUGGGAGUGCUGACCGGAUGGCGGUACGAUGGCCAUGGACAGUUUUUGACCAUGUUCAACCACGACCUGAGGGAUCCACUGUUGCACAUAACGUUUCGAAAGUCGAUCGAAAGCGCCAGUAAUAGGGAGCUGACGAAUUUGGCUAAGGCAGCAGUGGCUGGAGAUGAGGCAGCAUUGGAUACCCUGACGACAUGGAGACCGAGAACGGCUGUGCGCAAUUUGGGCCAAUCUUCGUUGCAGGACAACUACUGCUUCUAUGCUUGUACGCAGACGGGUGUGCUCUAUUACAUCAACCAAACUGGAACCUGUACGGAAAUUGUUCGCGGGGACAGUAUUCCCAUCAUACAGAUCCUGUGGCAUCCAAGGCAGGACUCCAUUGUGCUGCUACUGGAGGACAUCACAAUCGGACACUACGAAGUGGAUAGCAAUGGACAAAUCACUGAACUGGAUCGUGUCAAGCUCUCCGGUUCAGUGAAAGUAUCUGGCUACAAAAGUGCAAUAACUUGGGUGGCAGGUGUUGGUGCUGCUUUAGCUAUUCUUACAGGGGACCUAUCGGUAAGAAUCUGGGAUAUCGAAAGCAAUGAUAACUACGUACUAUCUAUGGAGCUGAACAAUGGAACGAAUGCGACCGGGACCAACUUUCCUAUUAGGAAUCCCGUUGUAGAAGUCUUCACAUGUGUCGCUUAUUGUAAAGACAACCAAACGUUGAGCGCGGGAACGAAUCAAGGAAAUUUAUACACAUGGCGUCGACUGAACAUCAACAGGUCCUACGACUACCCGGAGAAUCAGUGGCAGCUUACAAAUGUCACUCCCGUCCGUGGCACGAUUAAAAGCCUCACGUGGGGCAUUACGGACACAAAUCGACCCUGCAUGAUGGUGAACUGUCUGUCGAAUGUGUUUAUUCUGAAAGAACAAGCACUGCUUUCGUGUCACACCAGAACGCUGUGGGCCACCCAGAAAAAGUCAAACGAACUGGUUCUGGUGCAGCAAAAUGCGCCCCGUUCCGCUGCCACGGGUGAAACGGACCGACGGACAGCCGUGAUGAAAAGCGAUAAUUCUAUCAUCCAUCUUGCGUUGAGCGAAAUAAAUCUUGUCGUAACGAAUGGCCGUACGGUGGCCGUCUAUCGCGUGGGAGGAGGGGGGCCAUCGUUGACAUCUUCAUCUAGGGCGACGACGACGACAGGCGGAGACGAAAAUGCCGAUGCACUAUCCAUCACGCAUGCCGGCAGUUUCGGCGUUGAUUGUGUGGCAAUUUACCUGUACGAGCAGCAAGUGGUGGCCUUGGGGGCGGAGCAGGUGAAGAUUUAUUCGCUCAGCGGGGUUGUUCUGCAGGAGAUAUUUUUCAACGAAAAUGAAGGAAAACCGAUAGGAGCAGAUCUGAUUGAUCACUUUCUCACCAUCUUUACCCUGAACGGCUAUCUCAAACUGUUCGACAUUUCGCGCCACGAAAUGAAACUGGUCCAACCGCCCAAAUGUGCCUAUGAUCUGUUUGAAAAGUUUGGCGAAAUCAUUUCGGCCAAGUCCAACUCCACCGGAACACACCUGGCCUUGACCAUCGCUAACGAGCAGCUCCUACCGGAUGGAAAGCUCUAUCUGUGGAAUUUGGAGAGUAACAACAUCAAGUACUAUGAAUUCUCUAGUCGAACUGGGGGCAACAGCGUAAUCCAACAUCUCCCGAUCAACUUCUUCUGGGAUGCGGACGAUCCGCGGAUGUUGGCUUGCGAAACGAAACCUAUUCCUGGACAGGGACAGAAGGGAAUGUCCGGGAAGGGUAGCAGCAUUCCGGAGUCUCAAAUCAAUAUCUUGUUUGUUGAUCAGAAAUCGCAGCUCAAAGAGCUGGAGCUGAUCGAGUUAGGGAGUGGAGAACAGCUGAUCAAUCUUUGCAUUCCUCACGUUGUGAUAUUGAAGCUGAACCAGAUCGAACGUAUUCCGCUGCGGGAUUUCAAAGGUUUAGAAGAUUGUGAUUUGACUACGAGAAAUAUGGUGCUGAACUUCAGCUUAAACGUAGCUCAGGAGAACAUGGAUCAGGCGUUUAGUUGCAUUCGAUCGCUGAAAUCGGAUACGGUUUGGACAAAUUUGGCUAAGCUGUGCGUUCACACGGGUCGGCUAGAUGUAGCAAAGGUCUGCCUGGGCCAUCUAAAGCGCGCACGAUCUGUGCGAGCCUUGCGUAAGGCCAUGGAAGAUUCAACUUUGGAGCAUGAAAGUAAGGUUGCUAUCUUAGCAAUUGAGUUGAACAUGAUAACGGAGGCGGAAGCUCUCUACAAGAAGGUCGGAAGAUACGACCUACUUAAUAAAAUGUACCAAGCAGCGGGACGAUUCGACGAAGCUUUGGAAAUUGCUGAACACCUCGAUCGCGUUCAUCUCAAAAACACUUAUCAUAAAUAUGCGGAAUGGUUGAAGGAAAAUGGCCAAACCCACAAAGCCAUACAGUACUACGAGAAAACCAAUAAUCUGAUGCAUAAUGUUAGUCAACUCCUUAUUGACGAUCCUGCAGCAUUGAAAAAGUACAUGCAAAAUACGAAAGAUCCGGAGCUACUGAAAUGGUGGGCUCAGUAUAUCGAGAGCAGUGGAGACAUGGAAGGAGCCUUCAAAAUCUAUCAAAAAUCGGAAGAUUGGUUCUCACAGGUGAGAAUCUUGUGCUUCAUCGGACAAGUAGGGAAAGCAGAUGAGAUCGCCCGCGCUAGCGGAGAUCGAGCAGCUUGCUAUCACCUUGCCAGAUACUACGAAAACAGUGGAAAGUUCUCGGAAGCCAUUCAGUUCUACACUCGGGCCCAAACCUAUGGCAAUGCCGUAAGAAUAUGCAAAGAGAACGAUCUUCAAGACGAUCUCUGGACGGUUGCUUGCACGGCUAGACCUCGGGACAAAGCGUCAGCUGCGAGCUACUUUGAGGAAAAUGGAGACUAUCGUAGGGCAGUCGAAUUGUACCAUCGAGCGGGAAUGCUCCAUAAAGCAGUAGAAAUGGCUUUCAAGUCUCAACAGCCAGAAUCACUGCAGGUUAUUGCUUCGGAACUUGACGCUAAUUCCGAUCCAGAGCUGGUAGCUCGCUGUGCUGAAUUCUUCAUUGGUAUUGAGCAAAACUAUAAGGCAGUUCAACUACUGGCAAACGCUCGACAACUCGAAAAAGCUCUUGAAGUAGCUUCCGAUCAUUCAGUACCUUUGACAGAGACUUUGGCAGAGCUGUUAACCCCAGCCAAGGAAGAGAUAUCGGACGAACUGCGAGUCAAAAUUCUAAUCAAGCUCGGUGAGGUUCUCCAGGAGCAAGGCGACUAUCAUUCAGCGACAAAGAAGUUCACGCAAGCCGGGGACAAGAUACGAGCGAUGAAGAGCCUACUCAAGUCAGGCGACACGGAGAAGAUCAUUUUCUUCGCCGGCAUGUCUCGUCAGAAAGAAGUAUACGUAAUGGCAGCCAACUAUCUACAGGCUCUGAAUUGGCAGAGCGAUUCAAAAGUUUUGAAGAAUAUUGUAACAUUCUACACCAAAGGACAGGCUUAUAACCAGUUGGCGAACUUCUAUGCGAACUGCGCCCAAGCGGAGAUUGACGAGUUCCGUGAUUAUGAUAAAGCGUUGAAGGCGUUACAAGAGGCAGGUAAAUGCCUCUCGAGAGCUACUCCACCCUCACAGAAGAUAAACGACACAUUGCAAAGUGCUAUGGUUGAAGUGAGGAAAGUGAUAGACUUGCAGGAUGCCGUGGAACGUGGGGAAUUUCUAGCUGCGAUCAAGAUUCUGAAAGUUAAGUUGGAGGAGCAGGUGGCUGCUCCGGUGAGAGUUUGGGAUUUGUUGGCCUUGUUGGUUGAGUGUUUGGUUUCCACCAGCCAAUACUCCGAGGCGCUGUAUUAUUUGAAACAGUUGGCACAGAAAAAAUCGGACUGGUACCAGCAGGAAAUGAUCGAGCGCACGUUGCUGGACAAGUUAGUAGCCGAGACGGGGAUCAAUUUGGAGCCGUAUGUUAGUGCGGCCAGAGUACAACGGCCGCUAACUUCAUCGACGGUGACCAUCGAUAGCGAUGAGGAGGAAAUUCAGGAGGAAUUCGAACAGUAAGCUUUACGUGGAAGACCACCUGGAGAUAAAAGUAUCAGGGGUAUAUUUUGUAUACGUGGAAUUAAGUGUAAAUUGGCUCUGUAAAGCCAGACACGGCAAGUGAGCCUUUAAAUAAAUGAAAUAAUUAAAAGCCUUGUGUGAAAUAAAGUGCACUUAACUGUGGAAUGUGAUUAAUAAUGUAAA